UGAGUCUUCACCCGGAAGUAGAUCUCUUGCGCUUUCAUUUAUUAAACCGAUUGGACGGUCUCUGGAAGUUAUGGCUCACAUGGGGGAUUUUGCGCGGCCUCCUUUAUCUCGACCACCGCCGUCCUGGGACGAACAUCAGGCCUAUGAGGAGCUGCUGUACUGGGAUAAUCUGAUUCAGGAGGGAGUCCGACUUCACCCGCCGGACUACGAACGAUAUGAAGAGCUGCGGUAUUGGUUUGACUGCUUGUGUUAUGAGGAAGACCUCAGGCAGUACAACGAUUAUGUGGUGGAGUACAGAAAGUGGGAAGAUCAGCAUUUGCAACCGGGAGAGCAGGCAAUGAAGCUGCCCCCCAUGCGCACCUUCGUGAAUGAGGACCGCUAUGUGAGAGCCAAGCAUGCGACAAUAUACCCAUCAGCGGAGCAGCUGGAGGGCGUCCAGAACAUGGUGUCUAACAUGGAGUGUGGCCUGAAGGCCGUCUCUGAGUGGCUGAAUAAAAAAGAAAAUGAGGCCGCUGGUGAUAGUGAAGGUAAUUCUUCACAGAAUAAACUGCGUGGCCUUUUGAGAGUGGGGCUGGUGGCAAAAGGGCUCCUAAUAAAGGAUGAAUUGGAGCUGGAGUUGGUGCUUCUCUCCAGAGACGUACCCACCAGUUCUCUGCUCAGACUGAUCUCCGGAAAACUUUUAGAGCUCAUAAAGGAUGUUACUGAAGAGAAAUUCGUUAUCACUUCAUCCAUCCAAGAAGCUGCGAUCAUCGUGACCAGCACGACGUCGCCCCUGCUGAAACUGAAAAUCCAUCUGACCUCACCCAUUGUCAGGGAGCAGGUUGAGAAGGAGUCCGCCGGAGAAUCGUGUGCGGAAAGCUCUCCGCAGGACGCUCUGGACAGGCAGAAAUGCCUGGCUUCUCUGGCGUCUCUCCGCCAGGCCAAGUGGUUCCAGGCUAAAGUUUCUGAGCUGGAGUCGUGCAUGAUCGUGAUUCGGAUAUUUCGGGACCUGUGUUCCCGCGUUUCAUCUUGGGCCCCACUGAAGGGCUGGGUUCUGGAACUGUUGUGCCAGAAAGCCAUUUCAACCAGCGAGAGGCUGCUGGGACCUGGAGAGGCAUUUCGGAGAGUUCUGGAAUGUGUUGCGUCCGGCAUAUUAAUGGAAGAUGGUCCGGGCAUUAUUGAUCCCUGUGAGCGAGAGAGCACUAAUGCUGCUGCCCAUCUCACCCGGCAACAGCGGGAGGACAUUACCCAGAGUGCACAGUUUGCAUUAAGGCUGUCGGCAUUCGGACAGCUGUAUAAAGUUCUUGGAAUGGAUCGUCUCUCUUCUAAAGUCGCUAGAAUGCUCAGCACCCAGAGCGCAGCAGUGACUGAUGCUCCAGCAAAGAGGCCGAGAGUUUUUGAAGCGGGGGAGCAUGACAUGAGACCAAAGUUUCCAAGAAAAGAAAAGAGCAAGCCGGAGAAUGCGCUGAUGAAGCUGAAUCAGAUACGUCCCGGAACACUCUACAAACUGUCAUCACAGACCGGUCCUGAACAUGAACCUGAGUUCACCAUGACUGUAGAGGUGGACGGAGUCACAUACGAAGCUACAGGCGCCUCCAAACGCAGCGCCAAACUACACGUCGCCCAGAAAGUUCUGCAGGCAUUGGGUGUCCCCAUGGCAACGGAGGUUAAGCCUGCUGUUGAAAACAAAACCGCGGCUGCGUUUACAGGUUCAGAUGAAACUACGCCCACCGGAUCUGAAGACGGUGCUGAGGGCGGCCCCAUUCUCACCAAACACGGCAAAAAUCCUGUGAUGGAGCUCAACGAGAAGCGCAGAAGUCUCAAAUAUGAACUUGUCGGCGUCAAGGGCCGUUUCAACGACAAAACCUUCACUAUCGAGGUGGACGUUGACGGAAAGAAGUUCCAGGGCUCUGGGUCAAAUAAGAAAUUAGCCAAAGCCAACGCAGCGCUGGCGGCAUUAGAGCAGCUCUUUCCAGAAGGUUCUCCUGCAGACCCGCUGAAGAAGAAGCGAUUUCCUCCAACGGGUUUCGGCAUGGCUGGUGUACCUUACAAUGCAGGUCGAGGUAGAGGAAGAGGCCGUGGGAGAGGAAGAGGGUUCAACCACGCAGGCUCCAAGUUUGCAGGGUCCACUGCCGGAGUCCCCUCAAUCACGCCAGUUACCAGCACCUCCACCAUGGAUGUCACGGCGGAUCAGUCUGCCAUUGCAAACGCAGCCACCUACCAGGCCGUCCCUCCGCCCGUCACCGGCUAUUACAAUCACUACAGCCAAACCUACUCCCAGUUCAAGAAACCGGACAUUCAGGUUCAAAACCAGAACAAAAACUCCAUCCAAGCGCCUCUUGUAGGACCAGACUACGGUUACGGAUUUGGGGGACCUCCUGGAGUGAGUAUGGGAGGACCAGCGGAUUACAGUUACGCAGCAUUCAGUGGACCACCUGGUACAGCGACAUUCGGACCACCCGGUACCACACCCCCGGGAUACGGCUACACCCAAAGCGCUUACCCAAACUUGGGGGGCUACACCAGUGGAACCAAUACUGCAGACUAUACGUACAGAUAAACACAUGGUGAAAAUCCAGAUUCGGACAUUUCUGCUGUACUGUAGGCUCACUAAACAUUCACUCUCUUAGUCGAUUUUAUACGGUGUCUGUGCUAUUUUUGCGCCUUAGUUCUAACAAGAUUAGCGUGAUUUUGAUUCACCGUAGGUUUCAGGAAACAUCACAUCUGGAAGACGGAAGUCGAUUUCUGUCUGCCUAAAUGGUGGAUGUGACUCAAGUGGAAUUUCUUAAAGGUGAUUUACAAUUUGUUAUUCCCCUGUGUUAUAUUUAUGGUCAUCCUCUUUUUUUAUUUUAGCAGGUUUUGGUUUUCAACUGAAUGUGAAUGAUAGAACGAAUACACAUUUGGAUGAUUACUUUCCAGAAACCACUAAGAUGUUCCUAAGUUAGGAUUUUUAAGAUGUUUGUUUUGCAUUUCUCAGUGUUACAUUGAAGUCUCUGCUCUCGAUCAGACGAUUGUUGUGUGUCAUAUCUGUGACCUGUGCAAAAAUAAACGUUUGUUUUUCA